AUGGAAACGAUAGCUACACCACAGAAAGAAGCUAUCGUCGAGUGGGUUCAAGUGUCAAAUACCAUCACGUCCUCAAUUUGUGGGAUAGCGAUACAUUCAUAUAUUUUAUACAGUGUGACUAAAUGCUAUACAUCUCUUAGCCAAUAUAUGAGCUUGAUCGCUAUUCAGUCAGCGGUUGGAGUUCUACUCAAUCUGGCGCAACUGAUUGGUAAUGAGAGGUAUACCUUGUCUGGUGUGCGCCUUAUAUCUUUUCCUUUCCUACCAUUCGGCCUCGUCACCAAAAAGAUAGUCUUUUUCUCCAUUGCUGCACUGUAUGCUCUUGAGCAGUUUCUCAUUAUGAUCUUCAACAUUCAUCGUGUGUUGAUGUUUCUAAGUAAUUUAAUCUGUUUGCAUUUACGGAUCGAACUAGUGGGAGCAGUGAUGCAAGCGAUUCUUGUACCGGCUGCCUUAAUUAUUUCUAUCGUGUGUUACAUUCUCAUAAACAGAUAUUUCCGCAGUAAUAGUGGCCACACGACGAAAGUGAAACAAAUGCAAGCCAGAUUCUCCACAAGUAUCUUUGUUGAGGUAACGAUGACCAUGUUACGUUGGUAUUCGGUCGCUAUUGGAUCACUAACACUAUGGAGUAUUUUUGGAUAUUUAAAACACAAAAAACGCCAUGGACCAGGAACAUCGACGGAGAUCAAAGUCAAAACUUUCUCCGUAGCACGACAAUCUCGUAAUAGAUGUGCUCCUAAUACAACAUAA